UGCCAGAAGUUUAGUAGCUCUCCAUGCGUGGAUGGGAAAAUUAUCGUUUAUUCUACUGAAGCCGUUCGUAUUAGAAGAGAAUUGGAAAUGUUUCCAUCGUUUAUCUUUGUUGGACUCGCAAUCUCGAUUGCAAGUGGUGGACAGACAUUAAACACGUGUAACCUUGCACCAAAGGGAAGUCCAUAUUUUCCAAGGAACUUUAGUUUUGGUGUAGCGACUUCAGCUUAUCAGGUCGAAGGUGGAUGGAAUAGCGAUGGUAAGGGACCAUCGAUCUGGGAUGAUUUCACGCAUAACAAUCCUCAUUUGAUUGAUGAUAGUUCAAAUGGUGACAUAUCUGCUGACUCUUAUCAUCGUUUCGAUCAGGAUUUAGCGGCUCUGAAGGAGCUUAAAGUAGACCAUUAUCGUUUUUCAAUUUCUUGGCCUCGAAUUUUCCCGAAUGGUGAUAUAUCAUCGCGCAAUCAAAAAGGAAUUGAUUAUUAUAACGAUGUCAUCGAUAAACUAUUGUUAAAUGGUAUUGAACCGAUGGCCACAAUGUUCCACUAUGAUCUUCCAUCGGAAAUUCAAAAAAUUGGAGGAUUUGCAAAUGCACUUAUCAUCGAAAAGUUUGUCAUUUAUGCAACAGAAUUAUUUGAACAAUUUGGUGAUAGAGUUAAAUUAUGGAUGACGUUCAAUGAGCCAUUAAUUUAUUGCAAGUCAAGCUUCGCAGAUGCGAGAUAUCCGCCUCAAGUAGAUUUGAGUGGUGUAGCAGAUUACAUUUGUGUGGACAACACAAUUAAGGCGCAUGCUGCGGCUUAUCAAGUUUACAGGUCACAAUUUUACGACAGGCAAAAGGGAAAAAUUGGUAUUGCCUUAGACAGCUAUUUCUAUUUUCCAAUGCCAAACGAAACUGAAUCAGUUUAUCGUGCUUUGCAAUUUAAUAUGGGAUUCUUGGCUCAUCCGAUUUUUCACAAAUCAGGUGAUUAUCCUGAUAUUAUGCUUAAGGAAAUCGAAUCUAAUAGUCUGAGAGAGGGAAGAUUAACAUCACGUUUGCCUCCACUUAAAGGCUAUUGGAAAAAUAUAGUUAGACAUUCAGCUGAUUUUUUCGCUCUUAAUUACUACUCCUCGAGAUAUUUGAGGCGUGCCGAAAAGCCUAAGGGUAUGAAUCCAUCUUGGGAGCGUGAUAUGGAUUGUGACGAAAUUGUAGAUCCGUCAUGGAUGCAAGCUGUAGGGUCUUGGCUCCAUUGUGUACCAGAGGGAUUGGAAGGUAUGUUAAAAUUCAUUCGUGAUGAAUAUGAUAAUAUAGAAGUUAUUAUAACUGAGAAUGGAUGGUCAGAUAAAGGGACACUCGAAGAUGAUAAUCGGAUUCAGUAUAUAAAAAGCCACUUGCAAGCAGUCUUAAAUGCCAUAAACGAUGGGAGCAAUAUCAGUGGCUAUACUUAUUGGAGUCUAAUAGAUAACUUUGAAUGGAAAAGUGGAUAUAGUGUCAAAUUCGGCCUGUAUGCGGUGGAUUUGAUGAGUCCGAAAAGAGAAAGAAGUCCGAAAAAAUCUGCGUAUUAUUAUAAAGAAGUAAUUAAGUCUAGGAAAAUACCAAAUCAUAUCAAUGAAUUUAGCUAAUGAAUAUUAUAAAAUGUAUUCAAAUAAAUUCAUAUAUAUAGAAUAAAAGAAGCUGCUAAAAUUAUAUAAAAAGACA